CUCCCGCCGGGAGCGAGGCAGGCGGGCCGGGCAGGGGUCCGUGAGCCCUCCGCGGGGUAUAGAAACUUCCUUGCACAUGUAGAAAUCUCUGUCGGGUGAAAACGUAAAGAGGGUGUUUGCUUCGUGUGCCUCCUGGUGUUCGGCCAGCUCUGCUCUUAGGACGUUUUAGCCAUGACUAAGAGAGAGGCAGAGGAGCUGAUAGAAAUAGAAAUUGAUGGAACUGAGAAACAGGAAUGCACUGAAGAAAGCAUUGUUGAGCAAACCUACACCACAGCAGAAUUUGUAAGUCAAGCUAUUGACAUCAAUGAACCGAUUGGAAAUCUUAAGAAGCUGCUGGAACCCAGACUGCAGUGCUCCCUGGAUGCACACGAAAUUUGCCUUCAAGAUAUCCAGCUGGACCCAGAUCGAAGCCUUUUUGACCAAGGUGUAAAAACAGAUGGAACAGUGCAACUCAGUGUGCAAGUAAUAUCUAGGCAAGGUAUAGAGCCCAAGUUAAACAUCCUUGAAAUUGUGAAGCCUGUGGAGACCGUGGAGGUGGUGAUUGAUCCAGACGCCCAUCAUGCAGAGGCUGAAGCUCACCUUGUUGAGGAAGCUCAGGUCAUAACCUUGGAUGGAACAAAACACAUUGCAACAAUUUCAGAUGAAACCUCUGAACAAGUGACACGAUGGGCUGCAGCAUUGGAAGGCUACCGGAAGGAGCAGGAGCGCCUUGGAAUACCCUAUGACCCCGUGCAGUGGUCGACAGACCAGGUGCUCCACUGGGUGGUGUGGGUGAUGAAGGAGUUCAGCAUGACUGACAUUGACCUGAAUGCACUCAGCAUUCCCGGGAGGGAGCUUUGCAGCCUCACUCAAGAAGACUUCUUCCAGCGUGUCCCACGGGGAGAAAUCCUCUGGAGCCAUUUGGAGCUUCUUCGAAAGUAUGUGUUGGCUAGCCAAGAGCACUCUGGAGAAAUAGCAACUGUUACUAUUGAUCAGCCUGUGCAGAUUAUUCCAGCAUCUGUACAGCCUGCUACCCCAACCACCAUUAAAGUCAUAAACACCAGCGCAAAGGCAGCUAAAGUACAGAGAGCUCCAAGGAUCUCUGGGGAAGAUAGAAGUUCCCCUGGGAACAGAACAGGAAACAAUGGCCAGAUCCAGUUGUGGCAGUUUUUAUUAGAACUUCUCACUGACAAAGAUGCUCGGGACUGUAUUUCUUGGGUUGGAGAUGAAGGAGAGUUCAAACUGAAUCAACCUGAACUGGUUGCUCAAAAAUGGGGACAACGCAAAAACAAGCCCACAAUGAACUAUGAGAAGCUCAGUCGAGCUUUGAGGUAUUACUAUGAUGGAGACAUGAUCUGCAAAGUGCAAGGCAAGAGGUUUGUGUACAAAUUUGUCUGCGACUUGAAAACUCUGAUUGGAUACAGCGCCGCGGAGUUAAACCGGUUGGUCACAGAGUGUGAGCAGAAGAAACUUGCCAAGAUGCAGCUCCAUGGCAUCGCACAGCCAGUGACAGCAGUGGCACUAGCUACAGCAUCCCUGCAAGCAGAGAAAGAUAAUUAAGCACUAGGACCUGAAAGUGGGAGCCUGAGGCCUUUGCUAUAUAAACCAGAGCAGUCGCUGCUCUUACCUUUACCAGAAUUGGAAGCUUUUGUUUCUUGGCAGUACAAUAUAGUGCAUGAUUUUCUACAAAGAACUGAGACUUGCUUAAAUUUGGAUCUUGUAACAGCAUAUAUUUCAGUAUAAGUUAAGGGAUCACCACGACUUCUGCAGCUGUGAGUAAAGGUCUCUAUGGUCUGCAGUCUGAAAUUGGUGAGAAAGGUUAAAACUGGUAAACACCCUGUGUCCACAGCUGUACAAUGUAAUUUUUGCAGCACUUUUAACAAAAAAAAUGAAGUCCCUAUAGCAAGCAGGCUGAUCGGUUUUCUGAACUCAGUCCUUUCCAGUCUUUUUUCUCUGCUGAACUACCACAUGGCAUUUGAUGCUUUCAAAGUUAAGCAGGUUAAUUAUGCUCAUUUAAUCAAGCAGAGCCAAAAGACAUAUUGGGAGUUACAAAGCAUCAGGUUCUUAAAAUAGCUUCUGUGAUUAUAAGCAAAGGAAACUAAGACUAGACCGAACUGAAGAUCAGUGCUGAAGAAGAAGAUCCAGGUUUAGAUCUGGCUUAGGUGAAAAGCCAAUUAUGACUAUUUCAUUGUAAUAUGUAGAUAAUAUGCAUAUAUGAGGGCAACUACUUACCUGUUUUGAAAGAUAUUGUUAACUCCAGCCAUUUAGCAAAACGUGAAGACAAACUUCUUCCCCCACUACCACCCCCAUCAGGUGAUUUGAAAACUUGAAAACAUAGCCCUCACCCAAAGAGUAGUUUGUUUUGGUGUGGGUUUUUAAUGCUUUGAUCUGCAGGGUGCUCGUACCUGCACAGUAGUCAACUGAAGACUUAAGUUAAUCACAGUCAGUAGUCCCUGUUUAGAAAUUAAAUGCAAGUUGAAAUAUAGUUCCGAAUUAUUGUACAGUCUGACCUAUUUUAAAAUACAAAGGUGUGUAAUUUUUUAUUUAAAAUUAUUUUUCUGAACUUGAAGCAAUGUUUUUUAAGUUUCAUAAGCCAAAUGCGUGCUCCAGAUCCAGGUGCAAAUGAAUAGGAAGAAUUGGAAUGUAUCCUGAAUUCUGAGCUAUGGACAGUACUUCAGUAAAAAGUAGGCUGCAACUUUUGAACUUCUGUAUUGUUGCCUGUUAGGCUGUUUCUUUUGAUGGCUGAAAAUUUUGUGAUUUGGGUUUUGCCCCUGCGUGUUACUGAGCAGUAUAAAUAUAUCACAGUGCAUACUUUCCAACUUCAUAUAAGAGAAAGCCCCUCUGGAAACAUUCAGCGGUUAAAAUGCAGAAAAGAGAAGGCCUUUAGUUCUUUAAGGGAACAAGCUACUCUUAAUCCUUAAAUCAAAAGUUGUUGUAAAGUGAGGUUCUAAACAUAAAGAGUGAUUAUACUGAGCAGGGAGAGCGCUGGACUCUAGCACUUGAUCUGCACAGGGAAAUGGUCAUACUUGUGGAGAGAGGGCAAAGACUCAUCUUUGUUUUAAAGAGGAUUUGCAGACAAAGCUUUUUGUUCAUAGGUUCACCUGCAGACAGGUUUUACUUAACUAGAAAUCUUACACGUAGUUACAGCCUACUUGGUUUCAAUAGGAGCGUGAUGAUGACUUUUUUUUUUUUUUC